AUGGCGUGCAUCCGUGUACUGGCUGCAGCCAGCCUUCUCUGCGCACUUGGCGCAGGGCACGGAGACCAUGACCAUUGCACGCACGAGGCCUCCAUGGUGAACUACACUUGCAACACCACCACAUGCGGAGGUUACAUGGCCUACAAAGCUUCUGCAUGCACUGCUAGCAUGAAGUGCCCAGCAGUCGUCGUCAUUCAGGACUGGAACGGCAUGAACGACUACGAGAAAGAGCGCACACGGAUGUUGGCCGAGAUGGGCUAUGUGGGCUUUGCUGCCGACAUCUACGGCUAUGGGACGCCUGUUGAGGACAUGUCCGACUGGAUGGCGGCUUCCUCUGCUCAUCGAGGGAAUCCGGACCUGUACAUGUCCAAAAUCAGUGCUGCCAUUGACAAGGUGAAGUCUUACGACUUUGUUGACACGACGAAAGUCGCCGUAAUUGGCUACUGUUUCGGUGGAACCGGUGUGGUGAACAUGGCCAUUUUGGGGAUGGAGGGCGUGCUGGGCGUUGUUGGCUAUCACUCCGGCAUCAGUCCCAACGCCAGGGUGGUGCGGGGCAACAGCACGACCUCGAUGGUCGCCAAGGUUUUGCUGCACUCGGGCGUGAAGGACGAUGCUGCGACGGACAUGGCGAUGCUGGAGGAGGAGUUCGAGUCCGCAGGAGCCACAUACGAGAUCGCUCGCUAUGGCUCGGGCGUCUACCACAGCUUCACGGAGUGGAUGGCCAGCGUGCCCAUGCAAGCCAUGUACGACCAGCGUGCGGACGUCAGGUCUUGGGACAGCACCAAGCACUUCCUCGUGGAGCUGUUCGAUGGCCUCCCAGCUGCUAGCCGCGGGCCGGAGAACGACAUGUUGACCACCGGACUGCACAACUACACAUGCAACACAACGACCUGUGAGGGCUACAUGGCCUACAACGCCUCAGCUUGCACUGCCAGCAUGAAGUGCCCAGCCGUCGUCGUCAUUCAGGACUGGAACGGCAUGAACGACUACGAGAAGGAGCGGGUGGUGCGGGGCAACAGCACGACGCCUAUGGUUGCCAAGGUUUUGCUGCACUCGGGCGUGAAGGACGAUGCUGCGACGGACAUGGCAAUGCUGGAGGAGGAGUUCGA